AGAUAUGAGUCUAACCUGAAAUCAAAUGCAGGGACGUUAGGUCAUCCGACCAUCGACAGAGCUUUCAUUUCUGAGUUUUCAGCGUUCGCAAAGUUUAUAAAGUUUUGACAGUUUCCUAAUACUUGAAAGACCUGCACUAUGUCGGCGUCCGCAGUUUACCUGUUGGAUGUCAAGGGCAAGGUGCUGGUAUGCCGUAACUACCGUGGCGAUAUUGACAUGUCAGUGAUUGACAAGUUCAUGCCACUCGUGUUGGAGAUCGAGGACGACGGGAAUGUUUCUCCCAUCAUACAGCACGGAGAUGUCACCUUCGUCUACAUCAAGUACAGUAAUCUGUAUCUGGUGGCGUCUACAAAGAAGAAUGCUAACAUAGCUCUAGUCUUCUCCUUUCUCCACAAACUUGUACAGAUUUUCCUAGAGUACUUUAAAGAAAUGGAGGAGGAGAGUAUACGAGAUAACUUUGUGUUGAUAUACGAGUUGUUAGAUGAAGUAAUGGACUUUGGCUUUCCACAGACCACUGACAGCAAGAUAUUACAGGAGUAUAUAACACAAGACAGUCACAAGCUAGAGAUUGCACCGCGACCUCCAAUGGCCGUGACAAAUGCUGUUUCCUGGCGUUCAGACAAAAUAAAAUACCGGAAAAAUGAAGUGUUUUUAGACGUGAUUGAGUCAGUGAACCUCCUGGUGAGUGCCAAUGGGAACGUGCUGCGUAGUGAAAUAGUAGGGGCCGUCAAGAUGAGAGUGUAUCUGUCCGGAAUGCCAGAACUCCGUCUGGGUCUUAAUGACAAAGUCUUGUUUGAAAGUACAGGAAAAGGAGGAAAGAGUAAGUCUGUGGAACUGGAGGAUGUCAAGUUUCACCAGUGUGUACGUCUACCAAGGUUUGAGAAUGACCGUACAAUAUCCUUCAUUCCUCCAGAUGGCGAGUUUGAACUCAUGUCCUACAGACUGACCACACAUGUGAAGCCAUUGAUCUGGGUUGAAUCUGUGAUAGAGAGACAUGUGCAUAGCCGUGUUGAAUAUAUGAUCAAGGCCAAAAGCCAGUUUAAGAGACGGUCCACUGCUAACAACGUGGAAAUCGUUAUACCAGUACCAAAGGAUGCAGACAGUCCAAAGUUCAAAACCACCGUUGGAAACUGCAAAUAUGCCCCCGAUUUAAAUGCAGUGAUCUGGACCAUCAAGUCUUUUCCAGGAGGAAAAGAGUACCUGAUGCGAGCACACUUUGGACUGCCAAGUGUACAGGCAGAGGAGACUGAGGGAAAACCACCCAUCCACGUCAAAUUUGAGAUUCCAUACUUCACUGUGUCAGGCAUUCAGGUUAGGUAUUUGAAGAUUAUUGAGAAGAGCGGCUACCAGGCACUGCCCUGGGUACGGUACAUCACCCAGAACGGGGACUAUCAACUAAGGACUCAGUGAUUAUGAUGUUAGAUGCCUGGGGAAAACAUGCCAGGAAGCUAUAACUUAUCAUAGCACACCAAGUGCUUCUUCUACUGCAACAUGGUUGUCUGAGUUACUGUUUCUUCAUCAUUGCCAUGGCAUGCUGUUCCAUGGUAUAUAUAUUUAUACAGGUCUUACUUAGAACAUCACGAUGAUGGGUUCUUAUUACAUGUACCACAAUUUGUAUAGAAUCACUUCUGGACGAUUAAAGUCUAUCUAUCGGUUAAACUUAAAUUUUAGAAUGAUAUGUUUACAGCAUAACAUUGUACGUCAUCUAAAAGUUUGGAAAGUCGAGAGCUGACCAAAAAUCUGUGAAAAUCAGAUUUCUUUGGAGAUUUUAUUUUAUUGUUAAUAUUUUUGAGUAUCGAUAAUAUAAUAUCACUGUCAUGUUUUGAUAACCAUUUUUCAGGAUCAUCAGAUGGAUUUCUUUGUAUGUAAUUUGUCAUAUAUGAAGUGUUCUUCUAAGUCAUUCCAGUUGCAUGUAGGGAAAAUAUCUGUGAUUCCAUCGGAAAUAUCUUUGUUGCCUCAUUGAUAGGGUUAAUCUGUGAUGAUGGCCUUGCAAACACUGCAAAUACUCUUACCAGUAGGUUUGUACUUAAAGGUCCUUAAAUUAGUCAAAAGUCUGGAAUAAGCUUCAUCCCUAAAAAAAGACCUUAAAAGUACUAAAAUAUAAUAGAAAUCCUUUUCGGUGAUCACUUCGGUGAUUUUGUGUGGGAAAUAUUGUUGGGGGAUGGGUAAGAUGAAUAAAACAUUGACGGCAAUAUAUGGCUAUAUAAGGUGAUCUACAAAUGUAUGAUAAAAUUGGAAGUGUGGGAAUUAAAGUAGAAAAUAUAAAAUAACCUUUAAGAUAUUUAUUACAGCCUAAAAAAUUCCCCCAAAAAUUAUGUUUGAAUGAUCUCUUUUGACCUUUUCCGUUAGAAAUAAGAAAAACACCAAGUAUGGAGUAAUAACAUGUAGUGUUAAAGACCACAGUCAUGGCAAUAUAAUUUACAUUGCCAAUCUACGCGAAAAAUGCUUGAGAUUAUAUGUCACGUCCUGCGAGUCCCUAUUAAAUAUCCAAAGUUUAUAUUGAUGUGGCAAUGUCCUGUACAGGUAAAUACCCAUACUAUUUAUUCAUGUUGUUUGAACUUGGAAGAAAAUAUUAGCUCAAACAGGUUGAAUUUGAUUAUGAAUGUAUUGAUAACCAGUGAAUAGAGAGUUCAUUAUUUGUCCAGCGGUUUUUAAAUUGCCCGUUAGCCUCAUCUCUAUGUCAUUCUUAGCUUAGUAUUUUAAUACACAGGAAUAUAUGUCGUCUACAGUUAAAUAUGGGAAAAGCUUUCUGAUAAUGUUAUAACCUGCAGAGAUGCAGAAAAUGUUCUGUUCAUAAAAUGGCAAAUUAUUCCGUUUGGUAUUGCCAGUGAAAUAUAUCAGUUUAAAUAUACCAAUACAUUUUAUUUAUCCUCUUGCUAAGCAGAUUAAAAAAUAGGUACAAUUGCUUAGGGAAAAAAGACAAAAGAAUUGCUUUGUUUGUCUAUUUAUAGACAAAAAAAUCUGUAAAAACUUUUUAAACUAUAGACACUGUACAUUGUGGUCUGCAAGACUGAGAUCUGAUCAAUAUAUAAUUGAAGCAAUUAUAAAUACCUACAUUCUGAUGUACUGUCAUCUUGUCUAAUAUUAGAAUGUGUUGCUAUGGAACUGUCAUCAUUUAGAAUGUUGUUGCUAUGGCGUUGGAUUAUUAUGUAUAUUUGGUUUGCUUAAUUGUGGUAUGCACAUGGUGCAUUCAAUCCAAUGUUGAUUGCAGUCAUGGUGUAAACAAAUAAAUAAAUCACUUUACCUGA